AAUCAAUCUCACUAAAUCAUUCAUUCAAAAUGAAUUGUUUUCAUGGCAUAACCAAUUACCAAAUUCAUACUUAGUUGAGUUGGCCAUUAGAUCCAACCAACUAACUAAAUACUGUAGAGCAGCCCCGCCAAAACAUCAAAGUAACUACCAACCUUCUUCUGUUGACUGGUAGUUUUGAAUUCUAAACUCUCUUCUGUUUUUCCUCCUCAUUAACUUUAUUUUACUUCUUUCUUCCUGAUGAAAAUCCCACAUACCUUUAUAUAAUAUUAUCAUUUGCAACAUGGAACAAUCCUAUCAACCAUCCUCCAAUCAGUCCAAACUCAACAAUCCAAAUUCACCCUACACCUCUGAAGUUUCCGACCAUAGUCUUCAUUCAGAUAAAGUUCCUUACUUUGAAACUGUUUUGAGAGAAAAACAGGAUGUAUUGGAGGGAAAUGAAGUGGAAGAUAUCAAAGAAAGAGUUGAGAAAGAAGAGAAAAAUGGGUUGAUGUUAAGGGCUUUUGAAUCCUUCACUUCAAUAAAGGAUUCUUUAUCUAGAGUAAAAGAGAGUUUAGAGGGAAAAAAGGAUGAAACUUUUGUCAGAGAAAUAGUUUGUGUGGAAUCAGAGUUAAGAGAUGAAUCGAUGGUGUUAUUAUUGGAAGAGGCAAGUUUUAUAUCAAGGCUUGCAACUGAGGUGGAAACAAAGGUGGAAAAUUAUAAGGAGUUAAGGAAAAAGGAGAAGAGAGAGUUGGAGAAUAGUUUGAUAAGCUUAACUGAAGAGAAUAGGGAUAUCAAUAACUUGCUUAGGGUUGCUUUGUUGGAGAAAGAAGCAUUGGAGAAGAAAAUAAAGGGACAUGAUCAUAAAAGGAUGCCUCUAUUGCAGUUUGCUGAGUUUGGAUUGCAGAAAGUUGGGUUUAGAUUCAUGAUGGGAGGUGGUAAUAAUGAGCAAUCAAUGGAUAGUACUUCUGAGGCUAACAAUUCAGAUAGCAGUGAGUGUGAAGUGGAAGUUGUUAGUUUGGCCUCAACAGUGGAAAGGAUAAUGAAGAAUCUACGCCUUGAAAUCACUCAAUUGAGAAAAUCUUUGGAAGAAUCUAGGUCAGACACAGAGCGCCUCCAGUGUCUCACAGAGAAACAAACCAAAGAGAUUGCAGAAAACAAACUCUACAUCAAGGAGUUAGAAGAUAGAGAGAGAAUCUUAGCUCAAAAUGUAGAGGAGUUUUUGAUUGAAAUCAAAGAGACAGAAGAAGAAGUAGCUAGAUGGAAGGAAGCUUGUGAAUUGGAAGUUAAAGCUGGAAAGAAAGAGAUUGAAGAGCGUGACAAAAUGGUGGCUGCAUUGAAACAAGAACUGCAGAAAACAAAGGGUGCUUUGGAGAUAUCCAAUGGGAAAUUAAGACUAAAAGAAGAACUGGCAAUGACUGCAAUAGCUGCACAGGAAGCAGCAGAGAGAUCAUUGAAGCUAGCUGAUAGUAGAGGAGUUGAACUGCGUCGGUGGAUAGAGGAACUAACCAGACAACUAGAGGAAUCAGAGAAACGUGAAUGUAAUAGUCAUAAAGUGAGUCGACGAAUAUGUUGGCCAUGGCAAGUUUUCAGAUUGAGUUCUAGCAAUAUUGCUACCUCUAGAAUUGGAAAUGCCAAAAGGAUGAUACCAGAAAUGCAAUCCUUUCUUCAAUGAAAUGUGUAUAUAACAUAAUUUUCUUGAACAGAACAGUGAGUUGAAUCAUUUUAUAGUUGAUUACAUGAUGUUUUUUUGACAUCAUUAGCAGCAACACUUUGAGUUAACUAUCAAUAAUCAACUAACCAUUUUAUAA